AUGCCUGGUGAAAGAGGUUUGAAGAGAGGUCACGAUACGAACAGAUCAAAUAAGGACAAGAAAGAAAAUACAGACAAGAAAGAAAAGAAAGACAAAAAGGACAAGAAAGGUCAAAAAGAGACAAAAGGAAAGAAAAUGGAGGCGCCACCUUCAAGAGAAAAGGAGCAUAAAAUAAUCGUGAACGCGGCUAAUGAUAUAGCCGGUGAGAUUCAGAAAUUUUCCAAAAGGUUUUUCUCGAAAAACAAAGCAGACAUGGACUUCCAACAAGCGAUAGAAGCGCUUCAAAAGGUGUAUGAGAUGUGGAACAUGGAAACAGUGGACGAAAUUCCGUCGUGGAAGGAUUUCAUCGCCGCCCAGGGCACAAAAAAGAUCGACAGAGCUACGCGCGAGACUGAAGGUUUUGCCACCGUAGAAAAGCUUUGUGAGCGAGCACGCCAUUUUGAGACACUCAUCCCCAAGAUCAGAAAGAAACUCAUGGCCUGUCUGCAAUAUCAUCUAUUCAAAUACUGUCGGAGUUUUGAAGAGCUGACGGAAGGUUACGAGAUCCGACCGGUCAGGGAAUACGAAGAGUUCAUCAAGGACAACAAAUCUGAAAUCGACUCAAAGUUGGACGCGAUUAAUGAUAAUAUCAUCAAAUACGGAGAGCUCAAAAAGCCGUUUGCAAAUUUUGUGCGCGAAGGGCAUGCCCAUGGGCAACUGAUCAAAGAGAUCUGUCUAAACAUUGUAGAAAUCUGUCAUCUGGGUAAAGCGUGGGUGAAGCAAGACAUUGAAUAUCCGGAGAGGCUGUAUGAGGAGUCUCAGUUCAGCAGCUCCUAUUACGAGAAGCUAAUGGACGACAGCAACAAUUUGACCUGGAAGCGACAACAGAGUCUGGAGAUGCUCGCGAGACGAGAACGUUUCUUGUGGCGCCUGGAGGUCGACCACGACGCGAAAUGGCGCGAAAGGCGCAAAUUGAAGAAGAGCAAGGACACCGUCGAAGGACUGCUGGAGAAAGCUGAAAAAGCCAUAACUGAUAAGGAGUACGAAAUCGAAGUGCUGAAAGAUGAAAAGACCGGCGGCGUGUCGCCGAGAAACAAAAGCAUCGCCUCCGAAGAUCUGGACGUGGCGCGACGGGAUCUCGUCAAGCUCAGCGAGCGCAAGACGUCGCUUCAGAAGCAGCUGGAGCGCAUGGAGCGAGAUUACGAAGCGGCGUCCAAGCGCCACGAUGAGGCAAAGCAGGACUUGGACGAUAACGACAAUGCCAUAGAGGAUCUUCGCACCAGCGUCAGUGACAUCGACCUUGAGCUGAAGAACAUUAACGAGAGGACGGGCGCCCUUUCGACCAAGAUCGCCUUGAUUCGUUACAUACGGGAUCUGACGCUUUCAUCUCAGACCCUAAGGAAAAUCGAACAGAAGCGUCGGGAGAGACAGGUCCAGCAAGAACAGAGGGAGAGAGCUUCGGAACCACUGGAUGAGGCUUGUAAAUUUGUUGCUGACAAAAUCGGAAACGAUUGGAAGAAGCUGUAUCCAAGGUUACCCUUUUGUCCAACCAGAGACCAGAUAAAGCGUUACAAUGAUAUCUCGCUCAUUUCCAGCAUAGCCGCGAAAAAUGAUUGGACAGACGACAAGCAAGCGAUGCAUAGUUUCUCAAAAUGGCGGAACUUCAACCGUCGCUGUGACGUCGCCCAGUUGACGCGCAGUUUGAAAAUGGUUCAGAUGAAAGAUCUGGCGAAGAAAGUAGAAACACACUUCUUGGUCAAGUCACAGGAUUAA